AAGGAAAUGCAGUAAAUGAUAGAGAGCUUAAAAGAGCCAAAUUUGAAAAUAAGACAGAUUUAAAGGAUAUCAAGGUGGAAUGACUAGACUAUGUUUGUAGAAAGCAUGAGGCAUGAUGACAGUCAAGUAUGAAGCAAAAGCUAGUUCCACUGGUGAAGAGGAGCGUUGUUCUUGCAGAGAUCAGAAGCUGCUGGUUAAUGUCUAGCUACUAGUUUGUUGAAUUGAAUAUAAUCUUGUGUGUAAUUUAUUUUCUAAGCUAUGCUAUGCAACUUGUUAUGUGAUGAUUGUGAUCUUUAAGGGUUCUGAAUGUUGUCUUUAGAGGAGUGUGAGUAGCUUUCUAGUUGUUCAACAUGAUCAAAGGAUUGAAUAUAUUGGGUAUAUAUGUAUCUGAAUGAAAGUUUCUUGGUGCUUGAUGAGAAAGUGCUUGUGCAGUGGAUGUUCCAAUAUGCCUUCCUGGAGUGUUGGGCAGAAGGUCAAUCAUGAGGAUGAGGGGUUCAGUGGCUGUCCCCAAACAGCCAACAAUGGCGACAUGGUGCAUAUAGGUAAAUCAGGCACAAUGGCUGGGAUCUCCCUUGUGGCCUUUGAGAGCUAAAAAUUUCUCUAUUUCUGAUCCUAUUUCUAGUUUAUGUUUUUGUCCUUGUUUGAUGCUUUUACCCGUGUGAUGGAGAUGUCUCGAGGUGGUUUGAGGGAUGUACCAUCUUUGGCUGGGUUGUUGAUUAUAAAUUAUUGCCAGUAAA